AUGAUGGACGCUGCAGUCCAUCCGCCCCUGGUAGUGGCAGCCAACGUGACCGCCACUACAGGUGGCGUUGUCACCUCCCCGUCCUCCGCCCCUCCCAGAGAAGGAGCACCACCACCCAAGAAGAGGGCAAAAAUAGGAGAAGAACUCCUCAAAUUUAUGAAAGAGCAGGCAGAGAGGGACGAAGAACGAGAGAGGGAGGCAGUGGCCAGAGAAGAGGCAAGGGAGAGAGCGGCAGCAGAGAGCAGAGAGAUACUGUAUUUGAAUCUAUUUGAAAAACUUGACCAAUUUUAA